AUGCCACUUAUUAAUUUUGCCUAAUAAAAAGCUCCCAAAAAUUACACUGAAACAGCACACAGAAGACACUUUCAUUCUCUGCAUUUUUUUACAGUUAAACCCUUCUCCCCCAACCGAAAUUCCACACUCUUUUGCGUUCGCUUCACCAUCCAUGGAUAUUGAGGAGGACAUCCGAUCCUUACAGCUUGAGUCGGCAGACAUAGCAGAAGACAGCAAUGGGGUUGUAAGUCCAGAUGAUGGAAAGACAGAAGUCGAGGAAUCUAUUAAUACAAAUCAAGACGUUGAGGAACCUACUAAUGCAAAAGAAGAUCCUAAGCCGGAGGUUCAAGCACAAUCUAUUAAGACUGAUAUAAAAGAUAAAGAGGUUCCGCCGGUGCAAGAUGAAGAGGACGAGGAGGUGGCUGUCAAAAGACACUUAAAUGUUGUUUUUAUUGGUCAUGUGGAUGCUGGUAAAUCGACAACAGGAGGCCAAAUACUUUUCCUCAGUGGUCAGGUCGAUGAAAGGACUAUCCAAAAAUACGAGAAGGAAGCCAAGGACAAAAGUAGAGAGAGCUGGUAUAUGGCUUACAUAAUGGACACGAAUGAGGAGGAGAGGGCCAAGGGAAAGACAGUUGAAGUUGGAAGAGCACACUUUGAGACAGAGACGUCAAGGUUUACGAUUUUGGAUGCACCAGGUCAUAAGAGUUAUGUCCCUAACAUGAUCAGUGGUGCAUCUCAAGCUGAUAUUGGAGUAUUGGUAAUCUCUGCUCGAAAGGGAGAAUUUGAAACUGGAUAUGAAAAAGGUGGUCAAACCCGUGAACAUGUUCAGCUUGCAAAAACACUGGGUGUGUCUAAGCUCGUUGUUGUUGUUAACAAAAUGGACGAUCCUACAGUGAAGUGGUCAAAAGAAAGGUAUGAUGAAAUUGAAUCGAAAAUGACUCCAUUUCUUAAGCAAUCGGGUUACAAUGUGAAGAAAGAUGUCCUGUUUUUACCUAUAUCUGGGCUGAUCGGAACAAACCUAAAAACAAGAAUGGGUAAAAGCAUUUGUCCAUGGUGGGAUGGUCCUUGCCUAUUUGAAGCUCUUGACGCCAUUGAAAUUCCUCUACGAGAUCCUAAAGCUCCUUUCAGGAUGCCCAUACUCGACAAAUUCAAAGACAUGGGUACUGUUGUUAUGGGCAAAGUGGAAUCUGGUAGUAUUCGUGAGGGAGAUUCCUUGUUGAUUAUGCCAAAUAAGGAUCAUGUGAAAGUUGUUGCUAUAUUUAUUGAUGAGAAUCGAGUUAAACGUGCUGGACCUGGUGAAAAUUUACGGGUUAGAGUAUCCGGUGUUGAAGAAGAGGACAUAUCAUCUGGAUUUAUCUUGUCUAGUACUGCAAAUCCAAUACCAGCUGUAACAGAGUUUGUUGCUCAGUUGGCAAUCCUUGAAUUGCUAGACAAUGCAAUUUUUACUGCUGGGUACAAGGCUAUCCUGCAUGUCCACUCUGUAGUUGAAGAAUGUGAGGUUAUUGAGCUCAUGCAUCAAAUUGAUCCGAAGACAAAGAAGCCUAUGAAAAAGAAAGUCCUCUUUGUGAAGAAUGGUGCAGGUGUUGUAUGUCGAAUUCAGGUUAGUAACUCCAUUUGCAUAGAGAAAUUCUCCGACUUUCCACAACUUGGGAGAUUCACUCUUCGCACUGAAGGAAAAACUGUCGCCGUGGGAAAAGUCAUGGGUUUUUAAAUAGAGAGCACAAUUUUGACUUGAGUUAUGGUACUUGGAUUUCAUCAGGAUAUUAAUUUGGACAUAACACAAUUCCUGCAUAGACAAAUGGAGCUGGCCGCAUUGAGACAUAGUUUACAAUAUUAAGCUUGAAAUGUGUCCAUAUUGAAGAGUAAUCGUCUGGUUGCAGCCAGUACAUGUGUACUUUUAUUUAUGUGAGUGAUUUUGAUAUUUUAUUGUGGAUUCUUUGUGAAAAUUUUGGGAAACUGAAAUACAUAGAAAUGGAGAUAUUAGUGGAAUGAAAUGUACAACUAUUUCCAAUUAGUAUUUUAACUCUAAUGAACAGGAAUUGAGUUUGACGGA